UUGCUGACGUGAGGCGACGCACGUAAACAUUGAGGUUUCUUGUGUAAUGUUUUAACAGAAAUUUAAAUUGUGAAUGGUUUUAUGAUUGGAAUGUGAUUUUAACUGUGCAGAGGAAAUCUUUAAAGAAGGAAGUAUGGCGUUAAGGUUACUGAUGAACCUGAAGCAGGUUCCGGCGUUUAGCAGUUCCUCCCCGCUGACAUUCUGCCGCGGUCAGCUGCUGAACCCGGCCAAGUUUAGCCAGCACCAGUCCAAUGUCCUCCGGUUCAGUCGUCAAAACAGAUCUAACGUUCCCCGGGGCGAAUCGUUUGCCCCCCGCCAGACGAUCGUGCCGACGGAGCUGGCCACCGAGUCCGGCUACAUCGAUCCGUCGAGCCUGUGGAAGUGCUUCGCGUUCACGGUGGCCUUCACCACGGGCAGCUUCGUGGGGGUGACGAUUUGGGAGUACGAAACGAUCCGGUCGCGGGCGAUGACGGCGCUGCGGAGCAAGCUGAACUUGAACUGGUUCCGGGAGCGGGCUCGGAACGGGCGCCAGGAGGUGGACCAGUGGCGGAAGGAGGUCAGCGGCUGGUGGAGCCGGUUGACGCCGGGGGAGCGGGUUUUUGCGCCGAUUUGUGCGCUGAACGUGGUGGUGUUUGGGCUGUGGCGGUUGCCGCAGCUGCAGCCGAUGAUGGUCCGGUAUUUUGCGUCGAAUCCGGCGGCCAGGGCCGUGUGUUGGCCAAUGUUCCUGUCGACGUUGAGUCACUACUCGCUGUUUCACAUCGCGGCCAACAUGUACGUGCUGCACAGUUUUAGCCACGCCGCCGUGGCCACUCUGGGGCGGGAACAGUUCCUGGGGCUUUAUCUGAGUGCGGGCGUGAUUGCGUCGUUUGCGAGUCAUGUGUUCAAAACGGUCAUGCGGCAGCCGGGGCUUUCGCUGGGGGCUUCCGGGGCCAUUAUGGCCGUGUUGGCGUACGUUUGCACGCAGUAUCCGGACACGCAGCUGAGCAUAGUAUUUCUGCCGAUGUACACGUUCUCGGCGGGGGCCGCCAUCAAGGUCAUCAUGGGCAUCGACUUGGCGGGAGUUUUGCUCGGCUGGAAGAUUUUUGACCACGCGGCGCAUUUGGGUGGGGCGCUGUUUGGACUGUUUUGGGCGCAUUACGGCAGUACGAGGGUUUGGCCACUCCGGGAGCAUUUUGUCGGUUACUGGCACGAGCUGAGAGGACCACCGAAGAAAUGACCACCUUCGCUAUAGGGUAGCACUACAAUAACUAAUUUACUUUUAUUGAUUUAAUAGCGAUUACACUAAUAAAACAAUUCAAUUCAUGUUGACA